AAACUUGCUUCUGCAGUAGAAAACUGGUUACAGCAGUGUUCAAUAAGUUUCUAGACUGUAUAGUACAUCUUCACUAGCUUUAAGAAUAUUGCAUUAAUGUGCGGAAGAUAAGUGUUGAAAAGAUAAGAAAGUGUUUUUCAAUAAUAAAAAUUAAAAUAAUUUCUCAUAGAUAUUUCUCGAACACAAUCAGAUAUAGUAAAAUACAUUUUUAUUGUAAUUCAAACUAAGUUUCAAUGUCACUAAUAAAAAGAAUCACAUUAGAAGAGGAAAUGGAAAAAAGUUCUGAAUUGAAACUAUCGGAUAUACAAUCACUGAAAGAAUGGUGCGAGAAACAACCGCACUUGCCAAAAAUUGAGGAUAGUUUUCUCGCCUUGUUUCUUCACAGCAAUUAUUAUCAAAUGGAACAAACAAAAAACACAAUAGAAAAUUAUUAUACGAUUAGAACGCAUGUACCAGAAUUUUUUUCCAAUCGAGAUCCGCUCGGGAACAAGGAAUUACGACAAGCUUUUAAAAUUAUGACCAGUUUUCCCUUAAAUGGAGUAACGAAGGAUGGCUACACAAUGAUAUAUGGAACAAUUCUGGAUGCCGAUCCUUCUCAUUAUAAUUACAAUGACGUCACCAAAUAUUCCUUUAUGUUGUUGGAUGUAUUGUUUCUGACGCACGGUAUAAACAACGGUUAUGUCAAUAUCGUCGAUGUUGGUAAACUGUCAUUCGGUCAUGUCACGCGAAUGAGUCUGUCGGCAGCCAAGAAAAACACUUUUUACAUCCAAGAAGCAGCACCGAUGCGUUUAAAGGAAUUCCAUAUUAUAAACGCACCACCUGCCAUGGAAUUGCUCAUGAAUAUUUCUAGACCUUUGUUGAAGAAAGAGCUGAUAGACAUGAUACAUGUUCAUUCAUCGUUGGAAAGCCUUUCUAAAUACAUACCGUUAGAUGCGCUACCGAAUGAGUUGGGUGGAAAAGGAGGUUUUAUACAAGAAUUAGCUGAUAAUCAAAUAAAGCUACUCGAGGACUAUCGUGAAUGGUUCCUGCUGGAUGAAACAACUGGACGCGUUAAUGAAGCAUUGAGAAUUAACACACCGAAAAAACAGUCUUGUUGCAUUACUUAGAAAUCUAAUAGAUUUAACAAGAUUACUGAUCGCAGCGCCAUUUCCUUUACAACAUUGAAAAACUUGAAGUUGUUACGUCCGGCCUUAGAAGAGAGAUUCUUAUUUUACAAUAAUCUGGAUUUAGGGAAGGGAUGGGAGGACACAACAUUGAGUUCGUGCACUUGUACUAUUGGACGUGACACGAGAGCAACGCGUAGACGUUUCAAGUCAUGUUUCAAUGGUUGACCAGGAUCCAAUGACAGAUGUCCAGCCCGUCGUUCGCGCUCCUCGGUCCUGUUUCGCGGCAACGUAUUUAAACGCUCUCCCCUGGAUCAGAUCACGUGCUAAAAUCUGUUGAGAGCUAAGGAUGGUGGUGGGGUUUAUGGUCGAGAAAUCAAUUCAAAUUAGGAAAAAGAUUUAGCUUAAUGAGAGAAAAAAAAACGUUUUAUACAAUUAAAUUUUAUACAUGAAGGUUUAUUUUAAACAUUAUAAAAGUGUUUAUAAAAAGGAUUUUAUAUUUAACUAACAUGUCUCCAAAUUAUAAUAAUAAGCUUAAGUUACUUUGUAUUAAACGUUAACAUAUAUAUAUGUAUAAUGUGGUGUAUAUUUAUGUAUAUAUAAUUCAUGAUAUAUAAUAACGUUAGCUUGAGAGCAGAGAA